AUGGGAAUCGUCUAUCAGGACCCAUCCCCUCUCUCAUCUCCGCGCUCUCUUCGCUCUCCUACCUGUGAUUCUCUCGCCUCUAACGAGCUCACAGGGGCCAUCCCCCCACAGAUAUCCGCGUUACAAGCCCUGCAGUACAUUGAUGUGCGCAACAACCUUCUGUCCGGAGCAAUUCCCCCGCAGAUCGGCAACAACUACAACCUCAACUGGCUGUACCUGAGCAACAACCGUCUGUCUGGCUCCAUCCCUGCUUCCAUUGGCCGUCUCGAUCGCCUGCGAUACAUAUUCAUUGACAUUAACGUGCUCAGCGGGUCCCUCCCUGACUCUAUCACUGCACUCAGUGCACUUGUCUACCUCAUCGCAAGUCACAAUCUCCUCUCUGGCCCCCUCCCCACCAACAUCGGCCAACUGCCCCGCCUCGCAUUCCUCUCUAUCAGCAACAACUCCCUGUCCGGCCCCCUCCCGCCCUCCAUGAGUCAGCUCAAGCACCUGCAGAUCCUGGACCUGUCUCGCAACCGUCUCUCUGGUGCCAUCCCAGAUGCGUUUGCUGACAAGCCUGCCCUCAACUCCAUAGAUCUAUCGUUCAACGCUCUCACAGGCCCCCUGCCACCCACGCUCUCCACCUGUGGCUCUCUGUACACGCUGGACGUCAGCAGCAACUCUCUCAGUGGUGCUCCCGCCACCGUUGUCAGCAACAUGCCCACGCUCUCCUACCUGUAUGUCGUUCCCUCCGUCUCCUAUCUCCAGCAGAUGGUUUCAUACAGCAUUACUAGCAAUUUCUUCCACCUCGCUCCACCCCUCUCCACCCCUUGUUGCCCCUUCCCAUCCCUUGCUAUCGCCUCCAUUUUCCCGUCCCUCCCUCCCAGCAACCUCAAUCUAUCCCAGAACUAUUUCACAGGCCUCGUUCCCAGAGUGACGGACAGCCAGCAGAUGGUGUCAUACGACAUCAGCUCCAACUACUUCCACGGGCCCGGGCUCGUUUCAGACACCACCCCCCUCGCGCUGCCCCUCGCCCUGCAAUUCCUUCCCCUGCUCCCCAUCCCUUGA